AUGACAGACAGGCGCAAGCGCGGUCGACCUAGGAUUGAUUCAAAAUUCGAUAACUGGUUCGGGGUAGAAGAUGCACGGGAACGAAAGCGGAUCCAGGACAGAUUGGCACAGCGAGCGAGACGCAGUCGAAUGGUCUCGAGGCAGGAUGGGAACAGCGUGACCAAGACUGAGACCGAAUGUACAGGCGAGACUCGUCUGCAGCAGCCGAUCCAACAUGACGCAGGGCUCUUGAAUGGCCUGGACACAUCACCGCCGACUCAGGACGAAGAGCACUCAAAUAACCAUGAAUCGCUUGCUCUCGUACCUGGCUCUGAAAAGAAGAACAUCCUAUCUGCGGUUACGUCUCCUCUGCUCAAUGACUCUCACCGAUGGCGUUGCUCCAUAGAUGUACUUAGCCGUGACCAUCAAUUGCUCUGUUGGCAAGCGUGGCCUAUUUACUGGGCGCUGGGUCGUCACGCCGAAAUGCAGGGCACGGGGUGUCCAGACGGUGGAAUCAAGGCAAGGUCACCUCCAGAAUACCUGGAGUUGCCGGAAUUCCUCAGGCCUACUCCAUUGCAAAUGGCCAUGCCUCAUGUUAGGUGGAUCGAUAGGUUUCCAUUUCCUCGUUUGCGAGACAACAUGAUCUUGCUCGACGGGCUUAUCGAUCUGGACGAGUUCGUUCGAGAUCUCUGGACAAUGGCGAACUUGGUUCUUCGCCCUCAGACCCAAAAAGCCACGUGGGACCCGGCGUGCUGGAUGAUGGGUCCUGAGUUUUCUUCCAAAUGGGGGUAUCUCUUCAUGUGA